CCGAACGGUAGGAGAUGUCCCUCCCGUCCCAAAAGACGUCCAUUCCCUAAAGUCAUUUACGAGCCUACCAUGGGGGGGCCUUGGCUUAGCUUCUGGACAUGCUAAGUCGUGGGACGACAGGACUCGAUCUUACCACGCAAAUCCCAGAAGCGAUGUGGCCGCGACAAUCGAAACGAUCGGGUUCUGGCUGUGCUUGGCAACUAAUUUCUUGCACACGUCCGCCAUUGUCUGGGCUUGCACAAGAAUCUCGGUGCGGGACGACUGUGUCACCUUCGCAGCACCGCAUCGCUGACGUAUCGUCGCGCUCGACGAUCGCGGCAAGCAGCCAUAGAACUACCGGGCGGGAGAGCUGGCAUUGGCUCGCUACCAGUCUGCGUCUCAAUGGGCCAAAAGAGCACCGCAAGAGGUGCGGGUUGGGCUCGCUCGACCCGUGGGCUGACUAACAAAGUCUGGGCAACAUCAAAAGACGACUGUUUUAUUGCCCGCAACAAACCACCGCAUCCAGGCUCUCCCCUCGUCUUUCACCCCCUCUCGCGCUCCAUAUGGGACUUGAUUCUCAUUCUUAUCGUCAAUGCGCGAUUGGACCUUCCGCAACAGGAUGACGAUGCCAUCUGGUGCGGCGACGCCGCCCUUCUAGUUCGGCUUCCAAGAAACACCCAAGAGCCGUCCGCUCCGCUUCAAGACACGGCCAAGUUCUGGGCGCCAUUCUGGGGUUACCUCAUGGCUUGAGCAGUGUCUUGUCGCUGCUGUAACUCAAGAAAUUGGCACGCAUUCGUUAUUGAUGCAGAACCUCUCACGUCGUUGGGCACGCGAGCUUGCUCGAGCUUGGGGUUCCAAAGGGAGAAGCUCGUUGUCGUCGUUUGCCUCGUGUAAUGUGCCAUGACAUCGCCGCUUGGACCCUUCCGCCGCGGUAGCCUUCUUUCUUGGUUUUCUUUGUAUCUUCUAGCCUAUUGCCACUUUGUUCGGCAUGGGGAGAUAACAGAAGGCUCGGUCUGCAGCUUCGCGGCGGGUUACGUACGGGUGUUUAUCUCCUUGUGCCUUUCGCCUGUACGUAGUGUCGAUAAAUAGGUAAUGCGGGCCUUCCCUUGAUCUGACUUUCUCUCCACAUUCUCCCACACAGGCUCUUUUCCUGUUUCCCUUUGUCCUCUGCCUUGUCCUAGUACCGGCCUUCAGGACCCGUGGGCGACAAGGCUCUUCUAGAAAACAUGGCAGACAAUGAAAAAGACCAGGAGCUUGGCAUCUCCAGUUCCAGCAGCAACAAUGGCGCUACCCCAGCUUACAACUCCAACGAGUCCAGCGAGGAACUUGGCUUCUGGACGCGCAUGGGUUGCACGAAAGAGUCGUUCAAGCGCCGCACGCUUGCGGACAAGAACAACCAACUCAACCAAACCCUAAGGAGGCGCCAUCUGCACAUGAUCGCCAUCGGUGGCAGUAUCGGUGCGGGCUUUUUCGUCGGUUCCGGCUCAGCUUUGUCCACGGGCGGCCCUGCCGCUUUGCUCAUCUGCUUCGGUAUCAUCGGUGUCAUGAUCUUCAACGUCUGUUUCGCCCUUGGUGAGCUUGCCGUAAUGUAUCCUGUCUCUGGUGGCUUCUACACGUACUCUGCCCGCUUCAUCGAUCCGUCCUGGGGCUUUGCCAUGGGCUGGAACUAUGUCUUGCAGUGGGCAAUUGUCAUCCCUCUCGAACUCACGGUUGCUGGUCUUACUGUUGAGUACUGGCAAGUCGGAGUCAACGUUGGUGUAUGGAUUACAGUGUUCCUCGUGGUUUUGAUCAUCAUCAAUAUAUUCGGCGUUCUUGGCUACGGCGAAGAAGAAUUCUGGAGCUCUGUACUCAAGCUUGGCGCCGUCGUUGUCUUCAUGAUCAUCGCACUCGUACUCGUAUGCGGUGGCGGCAAGAGCGGAACGCCUUACGACGAGUACUACGGAGCACGUCUUUGGUACAAUCCCGGUGCUUUUGCAAACGGCUUCAAAGGCGUCUGUGCAACAUUUGUCACAGCCGCGUUUGCAUUCAGCGGUACCGAGCUCGUCGGUCUCGCUGCUGCCGAAUCCGCCAACCCUGCAAAGCAGCUACCUGGAGCCAUCAAACAGGUCUUCUGGCGGAUCACGCUUUUCUACGUCAUUGGCCUCAUGUUCAUCGGCUUACUUGUGCCGUACGAUGAGCCCCGCCUGCUCAAUGGCAGUAGCGCAACAUCCACCUCUCCAUUCGUCAUCGUAGCUUCCAAUGCGCGCCUAAACGGCUUUGAUGACUUCCUCAACGUCAUCAUUCUCAUAUCCGUCAUCUCCAUCGGUAACUCGGGCGUGUACGGCGGCUCGCGCACCCUGACUGCUCUUGCCGAGCAAGGGUACGCCCCCAAGGUCUUCAGAUACGUUGAUCGCGCUGGUCGUCCUCUCAUCUCGACCAUCGUAAUCUUGGCGUUUGGUCUGCUCGGUUACAUGAACCUGGCGGCGACGGGCGAAGUGAUCUUCAACUGGUUGUUGUCGUUGUCGGGUCUAGCGGCCUUGUUCACAUGGGGCUCGAUCUGCCUGUCACAUAUUCGCUUCCGACACGCGUGGAAGUACCACGGUCACUCUGAGGACGAGAUCCCUUUCAAGGCCGUUGGCGGCGUGUGGGGCUCCUGGCUUGGACUCCUCCUCGUAGUUCUCGUCUUGAUUGCACAGUUUUACGUUGCUGUCUGGCCGGUAGGAGGCCAUUCGGAAGAUGGUGCCGCGUAUGAUUUCUUCAGUCUGUACCUCGCGCUGCCUGUUGUACUUGCGUUCUGGAUCGGUGGCUACUUAUGGAAGAGGCGAGGCUGGCUUCGUACAAGCCAGAUUGAUGUUGAUAGUGGGAGACGUGAAGUUGAUUGGGAUCGCAUCAACGCUUACAGGGCUGAACUCGCGGCCAUGCCGGCGUGGAGGCGCCUCCUCUGGUCGUUGUUCUAGGAAAAGAUACUUUUUUUUUCCAGAAUAUUACACCCUUGUAGAGAGUAUCUAGAGGAACUGGGAGUGCGAGCGCAUGUUACAACAGGAUUGAGUUCUGGCUAAGUGACUUGGUUCGGUUCCAAAUGUCCGCUGUUUUUCCAAGCAACUGCUGUGACAAACUAUCGUUUUCCAAAUCCUCGUGUUUCUUCAUUGACUUUAAAGAAUUUCUUCGAAGUGUCGGAAUUUUGCAUC